GUAGCCAUGGGUAGAGACCAGAAAACAUAUUUUGCUGUAUCGUUUUAACUAUUCUUCACUCGCAAGAAAAGCACAGAGAUAGCAUCGGCAGAUCCGUAUGGCGCCAGAGCCCGAAGACGAUUUGAAGGACGAGAAGAACCCUCGUCCACUUGACGAGGAUGAUAUUGCUCUUCUUAAAACUUAUGGUUUAGGUCCCUAUUCUACAGGUAUCAAGAAAGUAGAGAAGGAAAUUAAGGAAAUGGCUAAGAAGGUCAAUGAUCUAUGUGGCAUUAAGGAGUCUGACACUGGUCUAGCUGCACCAAGCCAGUGGGAUCUAGUUUCCGAUAAGCAAAUGAUGCAGGAGGAGCAGCCUCUGCAGGUGGCAAGGUGCACUAAGAUCAUCAAUCCAAACACUGAAGAUGCCAAGUACGUUAUAAAUGUUAAGCAAAUUGCAAAGUUUGUUGUUGGGCUGGGUGACAAGGUUUCCCCGACUGACAUAGAAGAAGGCAUGCGUGUGGGGGUUGAUCGUAAUAAAUAUCAGAUCCAAAUUCCUUUGCCUCCAAAAAUUGACCCGAGUGUGACCAUGAUGACAGUGGAGGAAAAGCCCGAUGUGACAUAUAAUGAUGUUGGUGGAUGCAAGGAGCAGAUUGAAAAGAUGCGGGAAGUUGUCGAACUGCCCAUGCUUCAUCCUGAGAAAUUUGUGAAGCUUGGAAUUGAUCCUCCUAAGGGUGUCCUCUGCUAUGGUCCUCCAGGUACAGGCAAAACACUUUUAGCUAGGGCAGUGGCUAAUAGAACUGAUGCUUGCUUCAUUCGUGUUAUUGGGAGUGAGCUUGUUCAGAAAUAUGUUGGUGAGGGAGCUCGGAUGGUUCGAGAACUUUUCCAGAUGGCACGUUCAAAAAAGGCUUGCAUUGUAUUUUUUGAUGAAGUUGAUGCCAUAGGGGGUGCACGUUUUGAUGAUGGUGUUGGGGGAGACAAUGAGGUUCAGCGCACAAUGCUUGAAAUUGUGAAUCAGCUUGAUGGGUUUGAUGCACGGGGAAACAUCAAAGUUCUAAUGGCUACAAAUAGGCCUGACACACUAGAUCCAGCACUUCUACGUCCUGGACGAUUAGAUCGUAAGGUUGAGUUUGGCCUUCCUGAUCUGGAGAGUAGGACACAGAUAUUUAAGAUCCAUACAAGAACAAUGAACUGCGAAAGAGAUAUCCGAUUUGAACUGUUGGCUCGGCUUUGCCCAAAUUCAACUGGAGCUGACAUAAGGAGCGUGUGCACAGAAGCUGGAAUGUAUGCCAUCCGAGCACGAAGGAAGACUGUGACGGAGAAAGACUUCCUUGAUGCAGUGAACAAAGUCAUCAAGGGAUACCAGAAGUUCAGUGCGACUCCCAAGUACAUGGUCUACAACUGAGCCCAGCUGUUUUGCUUCCUUUCCCAAGAAAAUGUUGAAAGCACUUUUACAUCUUUUAAAGUUGGGAUGGCAUGAGCCACUUGAGUUCAUUUGAGAGUUGCUGUUGACAACAUCUUAAUUAUCAUUUGAACUUGCAUCUGCUCUGAUUAAUAUUGCUGGAUCACUUUGCCGCAUAACUCAUAGACCACUUGUACUGCUGUGAGUUUCGCUUUGUCAAAGUUGUGAGAAGUGUUUGAAGCCAUGUUUUAUUA